AUGAUAAGUGAUAGUUCAGUUUAUGACAUUGAAAUCAAUGCCAUAAACAAUUAUUUAAAAACAUACGUAAGAUAUUUUUCUCCGAGUGUACCAUUGCACCACGCCCACGGAAAGCGUUGCAGUCGUAGUCAAGUAAUUCAACAGCUGUCUUCAUAUACGGACUGCGAAGUAGAACACAAAGAUGCAAAUACCGAAACACAUGAAGAUAGCGGCGGGUUCGACUGGCGCUGCGAUUUUUGGUGUUCUCUUCGGAUGGGUUAUUUUUCCGACCCUCCUGAAAAGUCAACUAAAAAAAGAAAUGUCGCUUUCGAAGAAAACGGACGUUCGACAGUUGUGGCAAAAGAUCCCGUUUGGCUUAGACUUCAAGGUAUAUCUGUUCAACUAUACUAA